UGGUAGGUGCGCCGGGGUGAGGCGGAAGCGGCGCUCGAAGGUUUCGCAGGGAAACGAGGCAGCGAGGGAGCCGGGAACUGAAACCCCUGGCCCCAUGUUGUCGGUCGUCGGGAGGGCCAGAGGCGAAGCGAGGAUGGGUUCCAAGGCCAAGAAGCGAGUGGUGCUGCCCACGCGCCCGGCGCCCCCCACGGUGGAGCAGAUCCUGGAGGACGUGCAGGGUGCGCCCUCCGACGACCCGGUUUUCACCGCGCUGGCCCCGGAAGAUGCCGCAGGCCUCCCCGGGAGGGCGGAGGACUCGGAGGCCCAGCAGGAGCAGCUCUACCAGCAGAGCCAGGCCUACGUGGCCAUGAAUCAGCGGCUGCAGCAGGCGGGCGACGGGCUGAAGCGUGCGUGCGAGCAGCUGUGGCGAGCCGGGGAGGAGCUGGAGCGCGAGGUCAGCCAGGUGAAGCAGGUGGCACUGCCCGGAGCCACGGCCGCCUCCUUGGGCUGAGUGGUCCACCCGCUUGCCCGAACACCUGCAUCCUGGGCAGGGCGCCCCCCGGCUCCCCGUGAUUCCUGACCUGCCACAGCUUAGACCCCCGGCUCCCAUGGUCUGGGUGUGUCCCGGUACCUAGAGAGCCCCGGGCAGACUGAGCUGGUGGGACCCGCUCUGCUGCCUCUGCCAUCUCCACCUCCACCGGAACCGCAGGGCCCCCCGGAUUCUGGAAGAGGCCGGGGUUAGGGUUCUGUUCCAUCCAGCCCAGUGGCCGCGGCUGUCCGCAGAGCCCUUGCCCGGCAGGGCCCAGAUGUGAGAUGGAGCCUCUGGUGGGUGCCGGCCCUGAGGACCCUGAGCUAAGGUGUGGGCACUCCCGUGGGGCAGGGUCCUGGUCGGGGUGCGGGACUGGCCUGGGAGCUGCAGGACUGCAUCACACGGGGCUUCUGGUCUGGGCCCUGUGAGGACAAUCUGGCCCGUCUCCCAUGCAAGCCCUUGAUGGCUGCUUCCGUCCUGGUAAGCUUUGCCUGUGGGUGGGUGUGGGGGCCAUGGAGCAGAAGCAGAUCUUGAAAAGGGCUUUUCACCCCAAAGACAGACUUUCGGGAGACCAGAGCAGCAGUGGCUGUAUGAGGCAUCACAGAAGCCAUCCACUUGUGGGUGUCCCCCCCCACCCCCGAGCCCCCCGGGUGCAGUCCGCUCAGCCUGGCCCCCUGCGCAGGUCCUCUGGGAGCUCAGGAGCAGCACAGUGGGGCCUGACACCAUGACCCUGAGCGUCCCAGAGGGGUUUCUCUUUCCCUAAAGAAGGGGAGCCUGCUUAAGCCCAAGAGUCCCCCGAAACUGGAAACCAGAGCGUACGCCUGGGGGCACAGGUGUACAGAGAACCCAGGCGUGCCUCCAGCAUUGGCCGUGGACGUCAUGACCGCCCAGCCCAGGGACCUGCACCCUUCCGCAGCUGCUAACCGCCCACCUGCCUGACUCCAGGGUCCUGUCUGCUCUGCGGAGCCCCCACUGGGGUCAGGCCGGGACGUGUGCGCUGACCUCCCUGUGCUGCCGUCCCGGGGCCCGGGUCACGCUCCAGCUCUGCCUCCAGGGACCUGUCCAGGGAGGACUUCUGAAAGCUUGAGGUCAUCUGCUGGCUUCUGGCGGUUCAUACACCGUUCGGCAGUUCAUACACCGACCCCGGGUGGAGGCCCCCCCACCCCCAUCCGCUUGCCCUCGGGAAGGGAGCCAGAGGCCAUGGGUGCGGUUCAACAGCUUCGCUUUAUUAAAGGUGCGUGUGAGCUGCCUGGUUCCACGGCUGCCUCCCACCAGA